AUGGUGCAGCAGGCGGACGGCGCGGAGGCGGAGAGCCACCUGCCCCGCGACGCGCUGGACACCGAGGAGGGCGAGUGCAUGGCGGGCAGCCCGGCGGCCCUGGACGAGAGCGACCCGGACUGGUGCAAGACGGCGUCGGGCCACAUCAAGCGGCCGAUGAACGCGUUCAUGGUGUGGUCCAAGAUCGAGCGCAGGAAGAUCAUGGAGCAGUCCCCGGACAUGCACAACGCCGAGAUCUCCAAGCGGCUGGGCAAGCGCUGGAAGAUGCUCAAGGACAGCGAGAAGAUCCCGUUCAUCCGCGAGGCGGAGCGGCUGCGGCUCAAGCACAUGGCCGACUACCCCGACUACAAGUACCGGCCGCGCAAGAAGCCCAAGAUGGACCCCGCGGCCAAGCCCAGCGCCGCGCCGAGCCCCGACAAGGGCGCGGCGGGCGGCGGGGGCGCGGGCGGCGCGCGGCCCGCCAAGGGCGCGGGCAAGAAGAGCGGCAAGCCCCGCGCGCCCGCGGCCCCCGCGGCCCCCGGCGCCAAGGCGGGCGCGGGCGCGGGCCGGGCGGCGGCGCCGGGCGAGCCGGGCGGCGCGGGCGAGGACGGCGCGCGCGGGGGCGCGGGCCGGGCGCUGCGCUGCGUGUUCCUGGACGACGACGAGGACGACGAGGACGACGAGGACGAGCCGCCGCUGCGCGCCCGGCCCGAGGCGGACGAGGACGAGGACGACGCGCCGCGGCCCGCGCCGCCGCCGCCCGGCCCGCAGCCCCCGCCGCCGCGGCGCUACAGCGCGGCCAAGGUGCCCGCCAGCCCCACGCUGAGCAGCGCGGCCGAGUCCCCCGAGGGCGCCAGCCUGUACGACGAGGUGCGCGCGGGCGCGGGCGCCGGCGGCCGCCUCUACUACAGCUUCAAGAACAUCACCAAGCAGCACGCGCCGCCCGCGCCCGCGCCCGCGCCCGCGCGCCCCGGGGCCCCCGCGGCGGCCGGCGCGGGCGGCGAGGACGCCGACGACCUCAUGUUCGACCUGAGCCUCAACUUCUCGCAGGGCGCGCCCGGCGCGGGCGAGCCGCCGCUGGGGGGCGGCGCGGCCGCGGGGAACCUGGCGCUGUCGCUGGUGGACAAGGACCUGGACUCGUUCAGCGAGGGCAGCCUGGGCUCCCACUUCGAGUUCCCCGACUACUGCACCCCCGAGCUCAGCGAGAUGAUCGCGGGGGACUGGCUCGAGGCGAACUUCUCCGACCUGGUGUUCACGUACUGAGGCGCCGCGCGGGGCC